CAGUUACACAUCAAUGGCUUUAAAAUUUGACUUUUAGCUUAAAAUUGUUAGUCAUUCUUAACCCUGCAUAGGUAAGAAUAAAAAACUAAACUUCACACUUUCUUUUGUAUGUACAAGCUCAGAUAUAAGUACAAAACAUAACUGUAUACAUAUUGUAUCCAUGCUAUUAACUUUCCUAGAAGGUUCAAUUAAAAACAUCAAAGGAGACUCUGGAGGCAAGGGCAAUCAUGAAAAACAUGUAUACGGAGUUGGGAAACUGUGCUCAAACCAAGGAGAAAGUGCAGAAAGGAAAUAAAAAAGAGAAGCAGAAAGAAAGGGAAACGUUCAGAAAUUAAAAACUCCUAUGUCCCCUACUUAAGCCUCACGCACAAGACAAGAUGUUCAGAGAAGCUAGAGCCACGGGUCCCAGACGUGCCAACCCCAGCCAGGCCAACAGCAUCUGUAGGAACCCCGAUGGCCCUGCCCUGUUCCUUCUUGGUGGUCCUGGUGGUGCUCAGCUGCCACUCCCUCGGCUCUCUGGGAUGUGACCUGUCUCAGGACCACGGCCUGCUGCACUGGAGGGCCUUGAUGCUCCUGCAACAAAUGAGGAGACUGUCUGCUAGCUCCUGUGACAAGUACACAAACGACUUUGGCUUCCCCCAGGAGGUGUUUGAUGGCAAGCAGCUGCAGAAGGCUCAAGCCCUCUCUGUCAUCCAUGUGACAAACCAGAAGACCUUCCACCUCUUCUGCACAGAGGCCUCACCUGCUCCGUGGAACACGACCCUCCUGGAGGAAUUGUGCUCGGGACUUUCUGAGCAGCUGGACCACCUGGAAGCCUGUCUCCUGCAGGAGGCGAGGGUAGGAGAGAUGCCCCUCAUGAAUGGGGACUCCAUCCUGAGGAAUUACUUCCAGAGAAUCUCCCUCUAUCUGCAAGAGAAGCAAUACAGCCCUUGUGCCUGGGAGAUGGUCCGAGCAGAGAUCAUGAAACCCGUGUAUGCAUCAACAGCCUUGCAUAAGAGAUUGCGGAGCAGGAAGUGACACCCCUUUCAAUAUGGAAAUGAUUCUCUCUGAAGAAUACUAUCACACUCCCAUAUGUCUGUAGUGUCAGAGACUCUCAUUUCUGCUGUCAUCAUGACAUGAACUGAAUCAAUUUGUCACAUGUAUUCAGGAGUAUUAAGUAACUUGAACUCAACGUUACAAACACCUGUCGCUUUCAGAUGACCAUGCUGGUCUGCCUAUUUAGCUAUUUAUUUAUUUCACUAUUUAUAAGAUUUAAGUUAUUUUUUUAUUGUAUUAUAUUAGUUGUACCUACCCUUUGUGGUUAAGAGAAUUGUAUAUGUUUUACGUAUAUUAAAUUAUUUAUUUUCUGUUCAUUAAAUGUUUCUAUAGAAAACUUCUUGCAUUUGUUUCUUAUUGAAGCAGGAAACAAGUGUGAUUAUUACCUGAUGAAAGAACAGAU